AUCAACUUUUUGUUCUAUAACUAAAGUUCACUGAUGACGUCGUGCUCUUAAAAGAACUCUGCAGAAAUUGUUAAUAGGGAUAUGCAUUCUAUUGUUCGUUUCAGCAACCUUUUGUGGACCUCAAUAUUGUUUAAGAAAUCAUUUGAAGCAACGUUUAAUUUUAAAGCACUUAGUGCUAGAAAGACUUUUGUUAAGUAAUAUUUAUAGCGUAGAAAGUAAAAUAAAUCAAGAAUAAUGACUCUUCUGGACCCACUCUAUACAAAUUUAACCCUGGAUGAAUACUACGAGCAGUAUGUGACGGCGGAAAAUAAGUUUGUGAAGCCCAAUCUCAGUCGUUAUCCUUCUCAGGCCGAACUGAAGCGUCACUACAAUCGCACUCACUACUAUGGCCCAUUUUACAAGCAUCGUGGCUUCCCAGCCAUAAAUCAGAAUCUUAUGCUACAGAUUCACACACAGCCAGAGUUCAAAUCGAAGCGGUGGGCAAAGCUCAAACCGGCAAACGCGUUGAACUUCUGCCCGCGCAAGACUGAGAAGACCGAGUCAACUAUUUUGAAGACCGAACCGACUCGCCCAAAGACCGAGCAGAAGCCGAGGAAGAUGGAGCCUUCACGCCUGGUAAAGACAAUUCCGAAUAGCAUGGUCGAUUUUGAACCGAAAUGCGACCUGCGGAUCGAGUCGAAGAACGAUCUAUGUAUUGAUUCGCAAUCGCAGCUAAGGCGCGAUAAAAGCCCAAAGCCAAACCCCUCGCUGCACCACGAACCGCAACCAAAGCGCGUGCCGAAAAACGAGCCGCUGUGUGAUGAGGAGAAUGAGUCGAAACAUGAGCCGAAGCACCACUCGACGCGCCAGCCCAGGCGCAAGCUGAAGCGCGAGCUAAGGAACGAUUGCAAUACUGAGGUGAAGACGGAGCCGAAGGGCGAGCUGACGAUGGAUGCUAGUCCGGUCGCAGAUAGGAAGUCGGAUAGGGAGUCGGAUUCGGUAUUGGACUUGGUAACUAAGACGGAACACUGGUUCAGCAUCAAGUCGAAGCGCGAGUGCAGGACUAAGGCGAAGCGCAAACUAAAGAACGAGCCGCGAAGCUACUCGAAGCGUGUGAAGAGAGAGUCGACGAGGGGCAAGGACGAAGAGGAAAAGGAAAACAAGUCUCCCACCAUGGAAGACGAUGUGGUUGAUGAGCUGGACUUGGGCCUGCAUGAAUACGAUCAUUUUAUGCUGGAAAUCGAGGGCGAUCCAAACUUCUAA